UUGGCUGCCCGCGCCUCAGCCUCGCACUGCGCCACUCCCCAGGCUAUGGGCAGUGCCUCUUCCCCCCCCCCCCGCAGCGUCCUUUGGCUGGUGCAUGUGCCCUGGGGGCAGGUGGGUUAGGACAUACAGUGCCCUUGCUGGGGUGUCCUAGGCCAGGCCGACCAGUUUGUCAAAGGCACCUGUGAAAUACUGGUGCUGGUCAGAUCUGCAGCUCACACUUUAGAGAGAGACACCCAGCUGAGACACACGGCCCAUGUGUGCCAGUUUUAUUAGGCAUCUCCUUUUUGGAUUUUUUUAAAAGCAGCAACCAUAUUUUCUGGUGGGCAACCAAAUCUGAGAUUCAGGUUGUCUCUAGAGUGUGUGUAGUCCUUUAAAUUCUGUCUUAUUUAGAUUUAUAAUCUUGUGAGGAAGGAUUUUUUAGAUGAGUUAUGCCUUCAAAUUGUAUGAAUUGCAGUGAAGACAGGAGAGAAUCUAACUCUUUGCCUUUUUUUAUUUCUUCAUAGAGAUCAUGAGCCACAAGGUAGGUGUAAAAGUGUUGACCUGUCAGGCAGGUGGAGUGGCUCGGGAUGGAGCAGUGAAGUGUGUAUAAGAAGAGAUAACUAAGCUGCCAAAAUACAUCGCUUAAUUUUUUUUGGGAACUAGUUCUUUUCACCAUUUUAAAUGUAUUGGGCAAAGAGAAUGUUUCAGACAAAAAUCUUUGGAUUUUAGCAUCUUGGAGGAAACCUUUCUCUGUGGGGCAGGAGAAUAUGAUGUUCAUUAUACGUAGGCCACCAAGAAUAAGCUUGUGUCCUGUGCAUAUAUAGCAUAGCUAUAAAGUCUACUGGCUGCUGUCAUGCAGUUGAUCUUUGACCCUUAGUAGCUGUGAUGAAUAAAUUGAAAUAACUUUCAAGUUAUUUCCAGUGCCUGGAAGUUGAAGCUAGAAAAAUUCAGAAUGGAAAUAAGGUUUAUUUUUAACAGUGAGGAUAAUUAAUCUUUGGAAAAAUUACCAACUGUUGUGGUAGAUUCUCCAUCAAAUUUUUGAAAUCAAGAUUGGAUGUCUUUCUAAAAGAUCUGCAUUAGGUCAAACAGGAAUUAAUUCAGGGUAGUCCUAUGCCUUGUGUUAUGCAGAAGGUGAGCCUAAAUCAGUAGUUUUCAACUUUUUUUCAUUUGCGGACUCUUAAAUUUCGAUUGGAGGUGCAGGACCCCUUUGGAAAUCCUAGAUAUAGUCUGUGGACCCCCAUGGGUAAGUGGAUCACAGGUUGAAAACUCCUAGAUGAUCAUAAUUGUCUCUUUGACCUUAGAAAUCUGUGAAUCUCCUCAUUUUUUGUUUAUAGGAUAGAUAUUUUAAGGAGGAGAGUGACAGAGACUGACUCAAAGUUCCUCCAGGAAACUUAAGUAACCGUUCUUUCAGCAUCAGUAAAAUGGAUUUAGAAGACAACUAUGCUGAUGCUUUGGAUCCAGAGAAGUUAUUACAAUGUCCAUAUGAUCGCUAUCAUCAAAUCCGAGCCUGUCGGUUUCCCUAUCAUCUUAUAAAAUGCAGGAAGAACCACCCUGAUAUUGCAGAGCAGCUAGCCACAUGCCCCUUUAAUGCCCGCCAUCAGGUUCCCAGAGAGGAGCUGAGACAUCAUAUAUCAAGCUGUGAUGACAAACGCUGCAUUGAGCCAGACAUUGUGAGUCAGUCGAAUAACUGCCACAGAGAGAUGAUGAACACUGUCAGCAUGUGGCAGCCGCCCCCAUGUGACGAAGACUGGGAUAAAGAGAUACAGGAGCAAUCAAAUUCUGUGUUCGUUUGGGGCACGUUCAAUAGUGGCAUAAACAACAGCCCUGGGUCCAGCGUAGUGAUGGAACCAAAGAAUAACCUAAUGCCAGGUAUGAGAGCACCCAAGUCCUUGCCAUACGACCUAUCCUGGAAAAGCAGAGGAGGAUGGUUCAACCUGCCUCCAUCACACGGCCAAGUGCGGGAACCUGGCCAUGGUCUCUCUGCUGCUGGCCACGGGCCAGGUGGACGUCAACACCCAGGAGCUGGUAACUGAAGACCAGAGAAGAGAAGAGGCUGCUAUUGAGUGCCCUUGAUACCAGAGACUCUCAAAAAUUAACUCCAUACACGCUGAUGCCAAGGAGGUAGCAGAGUUUAAACGGUCUGGAUCAGCAUGCUUUACAAGUUACUUCCUGUAGGGUGUUUGCAUAAAUCAUUGCUGGACUCCUGCAUGUCUUUGGAUUAAAAUGUGUUGUGGCUGUUUA